AAGGCGGUGAUCUGCUAGGCCCACCCACUCUCUUUGUUUUCGUUUUUUAAUUUUUUUUUACAGCGCAGGCGCAGGACACGAAGAGCAAAACCCACUCCGCCGCCGUGAGGGAGGGAGGACGCCUUCGAGACGACGACCUCGACGCCGCCAUGAGCGCCAUGAAGUUUUGCCGCGAGUGCAACAACAUCCUGUACCCCAAGGAGGAGAGGGACAGGCGCACCCUCCUCUUCGCAUGCCGCAAUUGCGAGCACCAGGAGAUCUCUGACAACAACUGUGUCUAUCGGAAUGAGGUGCACCACUCUGCUGGGGAGCGCACGCAGGUUCUGCAGGAUGUAACUUCUGACCCAACUCUUCCCAGAACCAAGACUGUCCGCUGCUCAGCCUGUGGUCAUGGCGAGGCUGUUUUCUUCCAGGCCACAGCAAGAGGGGAGGAAGGGAUGACCCUGUUCUUCGUGUGCUGCAGCCCUGACUGUGGUCAUCGGUGGAGGGAAUGAUUCAGAUCUCCUUCAAGAGGAUACCUUCCGCUUGCCUUAACCAAACCGAGCACGCUGUCCUGAAACUUAGCUUUUGAUAGUGUCUCAUUAGAGCUCAGAACUGGUCUUGUCAAACUUGUCUAGUGAUUUCGCCACUUGAUUUGAACCGUGUAUUUGAAAGUCUUGAUGCUUCGUAAUAACAAUGAGAGAAUGCUUCUAGCC